AUGUCUGCAUCAUCCAGAAACACUCGUACAUGGCCAAGUGUGUGCACUGAUCUCACACUUGGCCGGAGCAUCUCACCUUCUCUCCUCAAUACUUCAAAGCCAAGGGAAGAAGCAUUGAGGAGCAUACUUCCAGGGAAAGCAGAGAAUUACCAUCAUCAAAAUUCUUCUUUAUCUGUCAAGGUCUACAUGGAGGGAAUCCCAAUUGGCAGAAAAGUGAAUCUGUUUGCUCAUGAUGGUUAUGAUUCUUUGAUCACAUCUCUGAGCCUCAUGUUCAAGAUCACCAUUCUAUGUCCUGAUCAAGUUUAUUCAGAGAAAAAUCAUGUGUUAACUUACGAAGAUCAAGAAGGGGAUUGGAUGCUGGUUGGAGAUGUGCCUUGGGAGAUAUUCUUGACUAGUGUGAAAAAACUGAUGAUCACUAGAGCAGACAGAUGUGGAAGCAGCUGGAAUACUCCGAGAGAGAAAGUGGCAACCAAGGACCGUCGUUAACGGCAGGGGCUAUAUGGAGCAGAUGAAGUGUGCAAUUUUGGCUUGUCUGGAGGACAUUAACAAGUGUAAAGGAGUUAGAGGAGUCUUGCUGCCAAUUAUUU